UACGUUACUCAAAAACGGAAGUAGUUCCUUAUCCAACAUGGCGGCCCCCUUGGCAGUUUGCGGCAACGUGAUAACACGUUACGAUGCCUAACUUUUGGUUUGCUUGUAUAAUCGACUUUAAUAUAACCUAAUUUUGGAUCACCUCAUUUAACUAGCAUAUACCACCACUGGACCUUGUGUUUUUAAUGAAAUGGCCUCAUUUAAACCUACAAAAAUUCCUGUCUAUCCAAAACUUGGAGAAAAAGUCACACAUGAUUCUCUGUAUUGGAAAAACUACAAGGCACCAGUCCAGAUAAAAGAAUUUGGAUCAGUCACAAACAUCGACUACUCCCCAGUAGCCCCACAUAACUUUGCUGUCACUGCUUUCACACGAAUCCACAUUUAUGGCCCAUUCUCCCAGGAACCAGUGAAGGCAUUUACAAGGUUUAAGGGCACAGCAUACUGUGGGAGGUUCCGUUCAGAUGGUCAGCUGCUCGUGGCGGGAUGUGAGGACUCAGUCGUGAGGCUGUUUGAUGUCAGCGGCAAGGUGGCCCUCAGGAGGUUCAAAGGACACACAAAAGCUGUACACGUGACAGACUUCACCUCACACCAGUACCAGAUCCUCACUGGGUCUGACGACUACACCUGCCGGCUUUGGGACAUCCCAAAUGCAGUUGAGCUCACCAGCUACCAAGAACAUACAGAUUACAUCCGCUGUGGCGUCACGAGCAAGCUCAACAAAGAUCUCUUCAUUACAGGCUCAUAUGACCACACACUCAAACUGUUUGAUGCCAGGACGGAUAAGUCUGUAAUGACUAUGGACCACGGCCAACCAGUGGAAAGUCUGCUUCUCUACCCAUCUGAGGGACUCCUUGUGUCAGCAGGGGGACGCUAUGUCAAAGUGUGGGAUGUGCUGAAAGGUGGCCAGCCCCUUGUGUCACUGAGGAACCAUCACAAAACUGUCACCUGUGUGUGUCUGAGCAGUAGUGGCCAGAGGCUGCUGUCAGCCUCCUUGGACAGGCACGUGAAGGUGUACAACACCACCAACUACAAAGUGGUGCACAACUUUGACUAUGCUACCUCCAUCCUCAGUCUUGCUUUGGCUCCGGAUGAUGAGACUAUUGUCGUGGGUAUGACAAAUGGCAUUCUGAGCAUCAAGCACAGGAAAAACCCUGAAGAAUCAAAGGAACUGUCAAGUCAACAGAGGCGGCGACCCUCAUACCGUGUAUUUGUGAGAGGAAAGAACUACGUCCCUAAACAAGAUGAUUAUCUUGUCAGUAAACCUGUGAGACAACAUCUGUCAAAAUUUGACAAAGAGCUAAAGAAGUUCAGUGUUUCCAAGGCUUUGGAUACAGCUCUGCAGCCGUGGACCAGACUAAAGAAGCCGGAAAUUGCUGUCGCUGUUAUAAAGGAGUUGGAUCGGAGAGGAACACUAAAAAACGCUUUAGCAGGACGGGAUGAACAGGAAUUGUCUCGGUUACUCAACUUUUUAAUAGGGAACUUGAUUGACCCCAGGUUUGCGCCUGUCCUCGUCGUAGCAGCUGAUAUGAUCCUGGACAUUUACCAGUCAGUCGUCAGCCUGUCGCCUGUCGUGGACCGUCAGCUUUUGCGUCUUCAGGAGCUGCUGGGGAGAGAAAUUGAUUACCAGCAAGAACUCCUCGAAGUGCUGGGUAUGUUGGACAUUGUGCUUGCCUCCCGCCUUCCGAGGAAGGAGGUUCCGUGCUCAGGAAACAGCAGACCCAACGGCCUGGUUGAGGGAGAAGGUAGUAGUACCUCACGAUCUCACCUCCAGACUACCUGAUGCCUCUACUCUACUAUAAGGUUUUUAAUCAAAGCAUCAGACUAAACUUGCUUCACAUGAGGGAUAACGUGUCAUAGCCCCUUUGGAUGAAAACAUUUUGGUGAAGGUUUCAGGAGAGCCCGAUGGACAACAGUGUGCAUUCACGUAUGUGGAUUCUCGAGAGAAAAUCAAUGUUUUUUUUUAUUGGACGACUUGAUUAUACAGUACUUUCACUUGUAAAUGGAGUAUGUGUGAGUUUGUGCAUUUGUCCAUGUCUGUAUGAUAUGUUCCUAUCGUAUGCAUUGUAUUGACAACCAUUUAGUAGGAACAUUAAGAAUAAACUUUUGUAAUAUUGUUA